AAUACAAUAAACCCAGUCGGGCUUGUGGUUUAGGAAAGAAAACAUCUCGAGUGUGGAACAGUGAGAAGUAGGAGAAUCCUUAAAACAAUGUGUCGGAGGUUUUGUGGUGUUUUAGUUUAUAAAAUGUUCACUAAAUUCGUCCUUGUAUUCACUUUAACUCUGGAACUAACAAUUAGCUCAGACGACCACGCAGACACAGUCGGAUAUUUUGCGCUCUCCUCCACGCAAGCCGCUAUGUCGACCGGAAGUUUACGUUGCCAUGGUCAACACUUUGGUCACGAGGCUCAUAGAACUCAAAGACUGUGUUACAACGUCACAAGCUACAAGUACAGAACGUAUGACGGGAGCUGCAACAACUACAAGAAUUAUGGGGCGGCUUUCACAGCCGUACCCACCCUAUUGGAGCCGGAGUACGCUGAUGGAAUUGGGAGUCCGCGUAUGUACGGGGUUGAAGGUCGUCCACUGCCCAGUGCCAGACUGGUCAGCCUCGUCGCCCACCCCUCAGAGUCGGAGAUGACAAAUUUUACGGUUAUGCUAAUGCAGUGGGGUCAGUGGGUCACGCAUGACCUGUCGGCUGUUCCCAUAGCAACGCAAUUUGAGGGCCCAAUUCACUGCUGUGGUGAAGAUGGAAAAAACCCACCGUUUAUAACCAACAGACACUGUUUCCCGAUUGAGCUGCCGGACACUGAGACUUACAUCAGAGGUCGAUGUAUGGAAUUUGUCCGCUCCAUCGCUGCCACGAGGGGCCAAGGAGCCAAGAGCAAGAUCAGACAACAGCUGAACGUGAUCACCUCCUUCAUUGACGCCUCCCAGAUUUAUGGGUCCUCUACCUCUCAGGCUUAUACCCUGAGAAAUGGAGGUUACCUUCUCAGGACGGCACAAGGUCUAACGUUACCAGACUCCAAGCUCAACAACUGCAUCAAAAGACCGAACACUAAAGACUACUGCCUUCUAGCUGGGGACUCCCGGGUCAACGAGCACCCGGGUCUAGGGGUCAUGCACACUAUGUGGGUCAGGGAACACAACAGGAUCGCUGGGGAGCUGCGAAAGUUGAGGUCACGUGACACAGAUGAAGACGUCUUUCAACUGACCAGGAAAAUUAUCAUUGCCCUCCAGCAGAUCAUCAACUACAACGAAUACCUCCCGAAAAUCCUCGGCACCGACGCCACGCGCGUGAACCUAGUCUCAAAGACCGGAAGGACGUUCUACAACCCUAACCUUGACCCCAGAGUGCUCUCGGAGUUCGCUACUGCAGCGUUUCGGUUCGGACACUCAACGAUUCCGAAGAGUUUAUGUAUAGGAGAUCGUACUUUAAAGAUGAGGGAGCUAUUUCACAGACCAGGAGAGUGUCUGGAAAACUAUGACAGUAUUGUAGCGAGCAUGGUUGGGGCAGACAACAAAAAAUGUAGGCAACAACUGAAGAAAUGUGAUCGGAAUUUUGCCAUGGACGUGACCAGGUUUUUAUUCGAGCCCGCCAAGGGACCCGGGAAAGGCCUUGACCUCGUGGCCUUGAACAUCCAGCGGGGUCGUGACCACGGGGUGCCGCCCUACUACAAGCUGCGCCGCCUCUGUGGGCUCCGGCCCGUGAUGUCGUUCAACGAUACGGAGGCCCUAGGGCCGCACGCCAGCGAUCUGGGUAAAGUUUACAGAUCUGUGGAGGACAUUGACCUCUUCACUGGCCUACUGUACGAGCCGGUGUCCAGGGGAGAUGACGCAGCCGUUGGCCCGACCCUCAAGUGUCUGAUUGGCGCCCAGUUCUUUAACACCAAGUUCGGAGAUCGAUUUUUUUACGACACCUAUGAUCAGGGAAUUGGUUUUAGUGACGCUCAACUCACGAGUUUAAGGAACACAAGUUUUUCUAAAAUCAUCUGCCACAACACAAACCUACGGUCUGUACAAAUGGAUGUCUUUACCCUCCCAUCUAAAAACAAUCCCGAGUAUCCGUGCCAGAAUCUAAAGCAAGAAAGUCUAGACCUCUCUUUGUUUGUAUAAUAGUAGCGUCAAUAGAAUGAUCUUUUGUUUUUAUUUAUUGUUGGUGAUUUGUAUAUUUAUUUUAAUUAAUGGAAAAUAAUUUAAUCUCAAAUAUAGAUUUUAUUUAUUUAUUUUAAUAGGUUUCUUUUCAGUUUUUAUUUUCUAUUUUACAAAAAGAAAUUGUUUUUGAAUGUUAUUGGAAAUCAAAUUCCCAAAUAGAUCUCGAAGAUUGUAAUAAAACUUUAUGGUGUUUU